GUCUCUCAACCACAACGUCCACAUUUAUAUAUAUACCGCACGGCGCAACAACUGCGGAGAAAGAACCGAGCACUUUGGAGGUACCGCCAGCGAAGCUCUUCUCACUAUCGACGCUGCUAUUGCCAGACCUCUGUGACUUUUGAACAACAUGGCGACUCAAGACAACGCGAGCUCAACGUCAAUGUCGGACUUUGAGGCAUUCGAACGCUAUGAUUGGGACGCGGACGAACGCUUCCAGAGCGGUCUACAAUCCAUAUUGGCAAAGGGGCCAAGCGCGGGAAAUGCAGAGGCUGAUGUGCAGAAGGCGAAAACGUUUUACUAUUCCAAGUUUGUAAAGCCAAUCGAUCUGAAUGCGUAUCUGGCAUGGAAAAGCAUGCAAAGCAAUGCUUUGCUCCGGUCGCCAGACUUCUCAACAUCGCCAGCGGCCCCAAUAGCAGCGUCAGAGAGUGGUCACCAGUUAGAAGCUUCUCCAACAAAGACACACGUAGAUAGCGCACAAGGAGGGAAACCAGUGGACGGCCAUUACCCGAGGAGUUUCCAGGAGAUCUGUGAAAUGAUAGCAAAAGGAGAGCAAGUGCCAGGGAUCCGAGACAUCCCAAAUAAGUUGCAAGAAGCACGGCCUAGUUCGAGCACGUUAGCACCUCGGAAGAAGCCUUGGGAAACACAGUCCGUGGACACCCUGGGUUCUGAUAAGACGUGAGGACGGACGUAGGUUUGCUCAAUAAAUAGCGAAAGGAGAGUAGUCUGCAAAUCCGGGCUCGAAUAUCUACCAGAAUAUCCUUUCGAACGCGCGGAAUUUGGGCGUGAACGCGACGGGAAUUCUACUGCAAAUCGUAAACGUGCACUGUACAUACAUGGUGGGGAGGCUAUAGGUGCAUUCCUAUGCGGGUAAAGCUAUACUGCAUUUACUGUCUGUGUUUGGCU